AUGGGACUCAACGUCUCCGAGGCCAUCUGGAGAUGGAGAUGCAGGACGUUUGGGACUGGAGACAAGAUCAAGCCUCGCUCACAGACUCGAAACAGCGCGAGUGCCCCCGAAGAGAACGUCCAGGGAGCAGACGCGCUUAUCAAAAUCCUCUAUGAGGCCAAAGACAGCCGCGAGGACAACCGGAGAUGGGUAGAUUACCCCCCUAAGCAGCUCAGCAAGAGUGUCUCCAAGGCUCAGGAUCGAGCAGCCAUCAAAGUGUACAAGAUCGUGGACCCAGACAAGCCCGUCAUCAGUGGUCGUCCUACGCUGAAGUACUUCAAGAUUACCGUCCAGAGUCCCCUCCUGGUUGCUGCACUCAAGGACAUCGUUGAGAAAGAUGAAAUAUACCUUGAAAAGACAGAGGCAGCAGAGUUCACCACCCCCUUUGCGCCGCUCUACUUCAAUGCAGACGAGAUUGCGGCAAUGCUCAAGGAUGCAGGCAAAGACACCCCUUUCCGCGAACAUCUCGAACUCCUCCUGACCUUGAUGGAUGACAUGUUUGCUGAAACUCGAAGUCGUAUCCAGCCGCUACAGGCCAGUGGCCUUGCCUCGUUCAACCUGCUCUGGGCUUAUUUUCCUACUGGUUCCCCAGUUUAUAUCUGGGAAGGAGAUUGCGAGUUCCUGGGUAAAGUUAUCAAUACCGAAAUUAUCAAGUGCAAUUCGCGACAAAUACUGCGCCUACGUUGCAAGAUCAUGAAGUUUGAUGGUCAAGAUUAUGUCUGGGACGAGUAUAAGGGUGUGAUCUGUGCCUUUGAGGGUAAUAUCCCCAUCACAGAUUUGCCAUUUUACCCGCUCAAGUUCCAUGACGAUCCAGAGGCUGUCAAGUCGCGCCUGAUAAAGCGAGCGAGAAAGUCGCUCGACUAUCAGAGGCUUUCUUAUGGCUCUUACACUGCUGUGGCUCUCUAUAAGAGCAAAGAUGGGAUGAUAAAACACAAUGUGGAUGGAAGGAUUCUGAUUGAUGUUGUGGGAUACAAUAAGCACCAUGAAGCUCAACGAAACACUGAAAACGGAGUUGAGAAUCCGAUUAAACGCAAAACGCGUAUUCUCCCAACAGAUAAGGACCCCGAGACUGAGAAGUUCAUGUUGCAUAUAACUGGUCCGAACAACGCCAGCCUUACCGGCGGAGUUAAACCGAGGACGACAAAGCACAUUUCAAUAGAAGAUCAAGAAAGGAACAAAAAAGGCAUCCUUGGUCUAGGGGAUGAGAUGAUGUACAUGUGUCCGUUUCUCGAGGGCUUCGCCCUGAAAAAUAAGGAGUGGCUGCUAACGGGUAAAGUCAACUUUUAUGUCGAGGAUAUUGAACAGGUCAAAUGGAAUGACGAGGCUUAUGAUCACUUGGUAUAUGACGAGCAGCAGAAGGACCUGAUACUGUCCUUCGUUGAACACCACUAUAGUUCGAUGAAGAUGUCGGAUGAUGUCAUAACUGGGAAAGUUGCCGACAGAUGCCGCAAACCUUUAUUUUACCUCCAGGCUGAAGACCUGGGCAUCCAGGCGGCAGAGCUCGGAAAUAACAUCAAAAAGGUCUUCGAGCUGGCCCUAGAAUGGAACGCUGUCAUCCUCCUUGACGAAGCAGACGUCUUUAUGGCAGAGCGUAACCCAAACGACAUCCACCGCAAUGAGCUCGUAUCCAUCUUCCUCCGCGAACUCGAGUAUUACCGCGGUGUCAUCUUCCUGACCACUAACCUCUACGACACCAUUGACACAGCCUUCAGAUCUCGCAUCAACCUCCAUCUGUUGUUCAAAUCGCUAUCCCCGUCAGCUAGGCUCCAGGUUUGGACCAAGUUCCUGAGCCGGCUGCCUCCUUUACCUGCCACGGCGGGCCGCAAGGAAGAGAAGAGCGCCCUGGGUGAUUUGAACGAGGAAGACUUGAAAGAGCUUUCCAUGUGGCAGCUGAAUGGACGUGAGAUCAAGAAUGCAGUCAAGAUGGUGAAGUCAUGGUGCGACCAGAAGGGCUAUGACAUGACUCUUUCGCGCAUGGAGAGUGGUAUCAAAGUCUCCGCUCCCCAGGCUACAAAAAGAGAUUUCACUAAACCGAUGGAUUUGUAUGAUUGA